CGCAGCUUUCGACAGCCUUCAAGGUACGUAGCAGAACGCGUUGCGGUUUUAUAAGAUGACUGAUAACCUUAUUCCUAUUGUUUUAGGUCGAAUUUAUUAUUAUUUGUAUGAUCCCGCUGGCCUUGGGGUGUACUAAGGCAUCUUUCCUACUCUUUUAUAGGAGGAUAUUCUCGGUCAAUACAACAGUCGAUAGGUUCCUCAUCGUGAUUACCGUGUUAGUAAGCCUAUGGACGGUUGGAUUUUUCUCCACGACGAUAUUCGAGUGUGGUCUAGACUUCUGGGUGCUUUGGGGCACCAAUUCGAGCGCUAAGAAUAUAACGUCACAUUGCGUUAAUACUCAGCACUUUUCUCUUGCGUUUGGAGUUACGGACUUCAUCACGGACGUCGUUAUAAUUGGUAUCCCUGUUCCCUUGAUUUGGCGCCUGAGCUUGUCAACAACCAAGAAGAUCGCAAUUAUUAGUGUAUUCCUCCUAGGGGCGGUGACCAUUGGAGCAUCAUUGACUCGACUCCUUGUAAUUACCAGAGAUGUUCACGCAGACGUGACAUACAACCCCUACGAAGAUCAGAUCUUGGUGAUAACGGAGUACCUCUACUGGGGGAUGAUCGAAUGUGGUAUUGGGGUAUUCGCCGCCUGCUUGCCGACUUUACGAUACUUGAUUCAUAGAUUGUCUGUACGAACAGUGGUCGACAGCACUAGAAGCUUAUUCGGAUCAUUGCCAUCAGCGUUGCAAUACGGUAACAACAGCCAAGAAAACAUAUAUGUGGACCAUUCCGUCAAUAACUGCAGCUAUACGGAAACACAAAACACGCGCAGAUGCGCGAAGCUACCUACACUUGCGAAGGAUGCUUCUGGGGUAACACCUUUACCUAGAAUUGAAAGUCAUCCUUUGAGAGGUUACCGGAGGGGGGAAGUGUAGAUAAAUCCUCAUGUCGGUGCGAC